AUGAACCAAUUCGCUCGAGAUAAAGCUCUGCGAGCUCGGAUUUCAAUUGAAAGCUUCUACACGGAAGCUAUGAAGCAAUGCAUUGAACGUGAAAAUCGCUCGAAGAAGCUCGAAGAAGGAAUGGAAGCAGAUAAUCUGACUGAGGCAGACAAGGAGAAAAAGCGAAACAUGCAGUAUUCCAAAGAAACGGACUAUUUACGCCUGAAAAGAAGCAAGCUCGCCGUAACCGACUUUGAUUCUCUGAAAGUGAUUGGUCGAGGGGCGUUCGGAGAAGUGAGACUAGUUCAAAAGAAAGAUACGGGGCACAUCUACGCUAUGAAAAUUUUGAAGAAGCAAGUGAUGGUGGAAAAAGAACAAACUGUUCAUGUCAAGACGGAAAGAGACAUUUUGUCCCGAGCUGAUUGCGAUUGGAUUGUCAAAAUGUAUUACUCGUUCCAAGAUAGCUAUAACCUAUACCUAGUAAUGGAAUUUUUGGCUGGAGGUGAUAUGAUGACUCUGCUCAUAAAGCACGAUACACUAUCAGAAGAAGCUACACAAUUUUAUGUCGCUGAGGCUGCUUUGGCUAUUCAAUGUUUACAUGAAAUGAACUUUAUUCAUCGUGAUAUAAAGCCAGAUAAUCUAUUACUUGAUUGCAAAGGUCAUAUAAAAAUUUCUGAUUUCGGAUUGAGCUCAGGGUAUCAGAAAUUUCAUCGUAAAAAAUUCUAUAAGGACUGGGAGACACAACUGCCUUCUGAUUUUCUGCCUUUUGACUCGAAGCAACAAGCAGAAACUUGGAAGAAAAACCGACGGCAAUAUGCUUACUCUAUGGUAGGAACUCCAGACUAUAUCGCGCCGGAAGUUUUCCAGCCAAAUGGUUAUACUAACAGCUGUGAUUGGUGGAGUUUGGGAGUUAUUAUGUAUGAGAUGCUUAUCGGCUAUCCACCUUUCUGCUCUGAUACUCCACAAGAAACUUAUCAAAAAGUUUUCAACUGGCAUCAAACGCUAGUUUUUCCAACGGAACAACCAAUUAGCAUAGAAGCUAAAGCUACUAUCAAGCGCUUGUGUUGCGAAUCCGACCGUCGUAUGGGACAUCAUAAUGGAAUUGAUGAUCUUAAGCAAUGUCCAUUUUUCAGAAGAAUAGAUUGGAAUCACAUAAGACAAAAAGUGCCUCCUUUCAAAGUGGAACUGAAAAGUAUUGACGAUACGAGUAAUUUUGACGAUUUUCCGGAAAAAGAAAUAACUUGGAAUGUUUCCUUGGAUAGUGAGGCGAGUGAUGCUCCUACAGGACCAUUUUACGAUUUCACAUACAAGCGUUUUGACGGUUUGACUCAAAAGAAACGAGGAAGAGUAGAUAAUGCAGUUGAUGCUGAUGCUCAUGAAGAACAAGCAAGCAUUAUCGGCUGUUUAUUUUUUGCUGAGUUCAAUUUUACGGAAUGUGGAGGAAUCGGUUCAGGUGCGAAUUUGGGAGAGCAAUUCUCUGUUUUAGAAACUGCUAAGAGCCAUCAGCAAAUAAUGAAUAUUGCAAACAGUAUGCAUACUAAGGUUGCUCAAGAGCUGGGAAUCAUUGGAGCCCACGCUGCAGAACCUAAGGCGAAAAGAAUAUUAGCUGGUUUAGAAUUUAGCAAAGCGAUGCAAGAAAAAGCAGUUCAAGAUUUUUCCGGAGGAUGGCGUAUGAGAAUAUCACUAGCUCGCGCUCUGUUCCUGGAGCCUACUUUACUCAUGCUAGAUGGACCGACCAACCAUUUAGAUCUUAAUGCUGUGAUUUGGCUGGACCUCAUCUUAGUAGCGGCUGUCAAUGAAAAGUUGUUUAAUGGAGCGCUCGAGAUGAUUGCCCAGACGGAGAUGAGAGCGACACCAAACUUCUCGCUGGAAAUAGCUCAAACCCUUUACGUAUAG